AGAGAGAGAGGGAGGGAGAGUCUCGAAGUGAGUGGUGUGGAGAGGCAAGUGGAGUGGAAGAGUGUCAAAAGAAAAAAGAGGUUACAACACCUCCCCAGCUCUCUUUCCUUUCUCCCGUCUGCUUUCUCUCCCUCUUUUUCGUGUUGGCUCACAAGAGGAAGAAGAGAAAGAAAGGGGGCUUUUAAAAAUUAACUGAAGAACAAGCUGCUUGCCGAGAAGGAAGCAAAAAGAACAAAAAAAGAGAGACGAAGAAGGGAGUGAACCUAAAGCUCAAGUCAAGCCCCAGUGAAGAGUUGAGGAGGGCUGCCUCUGUGGACCAGGGACCAGUAAAGCUCUCUGUCCAAACCUCCGGACUCCUUCAGACACCCACACUGGCUGGACUGGUCCCAGUGCUCGGCCCCGCUCUCCUGCACCCGCCUGCCCACACCUGUCCCGCUUCCAACAUGAUGAUGUACUUUUGGGGUAACCAAGAGGCCACCAACCCGCCGGAAGCGAUGGCCCAGCCGUACACCCCAGCCCAGUARCCGCCUCCCCCACAGAAUGGCAUCCCCGCAGAAUUUGCGGCGCCGCACCCGCUUCCGACGCAGGACUACACCGGGCAGAGCCGGGUCCCGGAGCACGCCAUGACCCUGUACACGCCCACGCAGACGCACAGCGAGCCGGCCGGCACUGACAACAGCACGCCCACCAUCACCGCCACCACGACCGCACCGGUCAGUGCCCUUCAUCAUCUGCAAACACUGUUCUCAACACGCUGUCAGCAAACAGAUGACGUGACACAAACAGAGGGCUCUCAGCAGCUCCAGCUCCAGCACUCAGACUCUUCAGAGAAGCAGCAGCCAAAAAGGUUACAUGUCUCCAACAUUCCCUUUCGCUUUCGGGACCCAGACUUGAGGCAAAUGUUUGGGCAAUUUGGAAAGAUUUUAGAUGUGGAGAUUAUCUUUAAUGAGCGAGGAUCCAAGGGCUUUGGGUUUGUAACUUUUGAAACAAGCACAGAUGCCGAUCGUGCACGGGAGAAACUAAAUGGUACAAUCGUUGAGGGACGCAAAAUAGAGGUGAACAAUGCAACCGCGCGGGUGAUGACAAACAAAAAAGUGGCCAAUCCCUACACAAACGGCUGGAAGCUGAACCCAGUAGUAGGAGCUGUCUAUGGUCCUGAACUGUAUGCAGUAACAGGGUUUCCCUACCCUGCCACAGGCGCUACGGUGGCCUACAGGGGUGCCCACUUGCGGGGACGAGGACGGGCUGUGUACAACACGUUCCGUACGGCUCCACCACCUCCACCAAUCCCUGCUUACGGAGCAGUGGUGUACCAAGAUGGCUUCUACGGUGCCGAGAUCUAUGGUGGCUAUGCAGCAUACAGAUUUGCCCAGCCCACCACCACCGCUGCUUACAGUGACAGCUAUGGCAGAGUCUAUGCAACAGCAGACCCCUAUCACCACACAAUUGGCCCUGCCGCCACAUACAGUGUGGGGACCAUGGCUAGCCUAUACAGAGGAGGGUACAGUCGCUUCACUCCCUACUAAAAGAAAGAAAAAAGCCAGAAAAGACAGAGAGACAUUACCCCAAACAACAAAAUAUCUAUCUAUCUUUAAAAGAUAUUUAAAAAAAGACUAACAAAACAAGUGAACACCCAGUCCUUGGUGGAGAGCUAAAUCAAACAAAAAGCUUCCAGGUCCACAUGCUGAGCCCCUCCCCCUGACACCCUCUCAAGCAGAUAUUUCUACAACAACCUCUUUGAUGUCAUCAUUGGUCUGCUCUUGUUUUGUAUUCAUUUUUGUGCUUCUGGUUUUCUUUUGGGAACUUUUAUGCACAUGUGCAUUCUCUUGACUGCUGUACAUGGGUGCUGUGUCACCAUAACCAAUGUGAGCCUCCUGCAGCACGCAUGAUGCAUGCUCAGAGGUGUGUGUAUGCAGCUGCUGUCGUCUGACUAAGAAUAUACUGGGACAUCUCUGUGUUAAAGACCUGCCAAACGACAGGAAUUGGGUCGACACCGAUUUAAUUCACUUUCCAACGCUGAACCAUCAUGAAACCUGUAGAAAUUCCCACAAACAGCCCGGUGAUUCUUAGCUCAAAGACAGCACUGCUCUGACUGCUCUGUCUUUUCCUUUUUAACAUUAAAGUGUCCAACUGUUGUGCACUUGCA